UUGCUUGCAUUUUCUUCCUUUCACUGUCUUCGCACUUCUUCAGCCCAUCUUUAUUCACGCGCCUGUCGCAACAAUGCUCGGCGACGCCAACCCGCCGGACGCUCUGCCCCUGCUGCGGGUGCCGCCAGAGAUCCUCGACAGGAUCACCUGGCAUCUCGCAACCACAGAGCUCUGCAACUUUCGCCUGACGUGCAAAUCCGCCGAGCGGGCUGUUGAUUUCAGAUUCACUGCCGAGUUCUUCACGCGCAAGCAGUUCAUGGUUUCCGAGUUCAGCCUCAAGGCCCUCAGGGACAUCUCCAAGAGCCGCCUCGCCGGCUAUCUGCGCCAUGUGCACAUCAGUCUUGACCAAGUCGAUGAGAUGGCCGGCUCUCGCAUCAACAUGACAGCAGAGGAGCGUAGCUUGUAUCAGCAACGCUUGACUGAGCAGAGCACUCUGUGGACGCUGGGACUGGUUCCCAAAUAUCUGGCCGAGGCCUUCUCUCGCUUGCCGAAUCUGGAGACGGUUGCGCUCCGCGAUUUCAAUUCAACUAGGAGAUCUCGAGAUGGGCCUCACGCACAGUGGCGCAGCUAUGGUGCCCAAACACUUCUUAAGGAGACGGGUGCUCUUCCCAUAACCAAUGAGGUUUUCAGCUGGGGAAAUCCGGCCCUUCUUCACAGAGCCAGCACCCUCUUCAAGGCCGUCAUCCACAGUCUUGGCCUGGCCAACGCGAGGCCGAAAAACAUUGAGGUGAUGGAGAGGAACGGCAACCUGCUUUAUGACUCUGCUUUCCACUUGCACCCAGAUUUGGAAGCCACCGACGCUCCUGUUCUUCAAAGCCUUCAAAAACUGCAUCUUUGCGUUGACGUCUACUGGGCUACUUCGCCUCAUGUUGCACAGCCAUAUUACCAGCGGAAUCUCGCUGGAUUUCUCAAGCAUUGCAACGGCCUGGAAGAACUCCGCAUCAACGGGAAACGCAGCAGCUAUAGCCAAGGCAGUCGUCAGAAUCUCCAUCUGUUGAUGAGCUGGCUUGCAUCAUCAGAGGCGAAGCCCUUAUCAGAGCUCCAAUCGGCGGAUGUAUCGGUUGACAGCCAAUUUGCCCCUCCUCCAGUCGAGUUUCCGCAGUUGUCCAAUCUCAGCUUGGGAAUGAUGGCUAUUACCCUCGACGAAGUUGUUCACCUUAUUACAAAGUUUGCUGGCUCACUUCAGUAUCUCGAAUUAUGGAGGUUCCAAUUAAUGGCUAACCCGGGCACUGAUGCCGACAUCGCGGAGAGGAAUCAGAAUUUAUUUAUUCACCUGUUGAAGAAGCUGUUGGCUAUACCGAAUCUCAACCUACGCCAUAUCAAACUGGGCAUUCUCCAACAGAUGCUGGAUGUCAGCGACACGAAUAAGAAGAUGCAGGCCGUAGAGUUCACUAAAGAUGAACCAGCCAGCACGAAUGACGAGAAAGACGCAACCGCCCCGGUUGACACUAGACCUAGACGAAAGCCAACCAACAACUCGAUGGAAUAUACGGGUUCAGACUGGAGACAUUUUGUGCGCCACGAAAUGAUACCUCGGCUGUACAUCAUUAACCGUGAUUUGAACUUAGCGGGGCUGAAUCAAAGCAGUCAUGAAGAAGACAGCGACGAUGUUGAUGACGAGGACGGGGACGAAGAUGAAGAAAUGGACGAGUAAUUAGGCCGAGUUUUGUUGGGUAAGUUAGCGAAUGGCAAGGUGGCAUUGUAAGUUUUGGGGCUUUACGACUUAUGAAAAUACUGCAUGUAAAUUAGUUUUACCAUCAACAUUAACCCUAAUAUUGGGCGUUCGAGAAUACUCG